AUGCGGUCGCUGGCUCUCAGGGUGUUGGCGGCGGCAUGUCUCCCCGCCCUUGCCCUUGCGGAUGUGUAUAGCUUGUCUGACUUGCAGUGGACGCUGAAGAAUGGAAACGGCUCCAUCGUAAUCCCGGCGUCUGUCCCUUCGCAGGCGCAUCUCGACCUCUAUGCAGCGGGCGUGAUCAACAACCCACUUGCGGGUAUCAACGAGUACACGCAGAGAUGGAUUGUCAAUGACAGUUGGACGUAUACUGCCGACUUGGCACCUUUCACCCAGGCUGUUCCCCAAAGCCCGUUUUCAAGGACUCUUCUGGUUUUCUAUGGAUUAGAUACUAUUGGCAACAUCACUGUAGCUGGUCAUCCUGUUGCUUGGGUGGACAACCAGUUCCAACAAUACGUUUACGAUGUUACCGAUCUCAUUGCAACCCCUGCCGAGACCGAUAACAACAUUACCGUCGCAUUUGAAUCUGCCUAUUUCUACGGCCUCAACGUGACGUCAUUGCCAGGCUUUGAGUACCCUCUCACGCCAGAUUUCGAAUAUUCAGGUUUUAGGCAAUAUCUUCGGAAAAUUCAGUCAGACUUUGGUUGGGACUGGGGACCUGCUUUCGUCCCGGCUGGCAUCUUCCGGCCCGCCUAUCUAGUCACGCUGUCAGAGGUGCCGACUUUUGAGACUUCGGACGGCACUCCGGCCGCGUAUCCCUUGCUUGCCUCUUCAGGUGGAGGCAUCUUCAUCGACCAAUACUCGCUAGAAAUCUCAAAAGUCGGACAGACGCCUAUCGUGCCACCAAACCAGAAUGCAGAUUGGCUCGUGAAUGUCACCCUUGGCGUGCGCUCUGUCCUUCCCAGCUUCAACCCAUCGAUCACGAUUGACAUUCCUGAGCUGGGGAUUACCUCUGCGCCACUCAGCAUAGACGCGAUCCCGGCGUCCACUGCGGAGCCAACAUUCGUGAGCGCGAGCAUCACGGUCCCGAACGGAGUCCCGCAACUCUGGUACCCGCACGAUCUUGGCACACCAACGCUAUACAACUUCACGAUCACGUUCGCGCUUGGGGAUGUGUUUGGCAUCGCGCUUGAUAGCACCAGCUUCACUGUGCGCAGUGGGUUCCGCACCAUUGAACUCAUCCAGACGCCGUACCCAGAAGAGGAGAUUGAGGCCAGGGGGAUCACGCCUGGUGAUCAGUGGCAUUUCCAGAUCAACGGACAGGCGUUCUACACGAAGGGAACGAACAUCAUUCCAUUUGAUCCAUUCUAUCCGCGCAUCUCGACAGAGAAAGUGCGCUGGGUGCUGGAGAGUGCUGUACUAAGUGGGCAGAACAUGCUCCGAGUGUGGGGUGGCGGGAUCUACCAGCCGUCGGACGAGAUAACUGGAGUCUACGAUUUCUACUCGAUCUGUGAUGAGCUCGGCAUCUUAGCGUGGUCUGAGAUGAUAUUUUCCGAUGCGACCUAUCCGCUCAACAGUUUCCUCCUCACGUCGAUCGACCCAGAGGUCCGCCAGAACGUUCGGCGUAUUAACAAGCAUCCGAGCAAUGUCCAGUGGGCGGGUGGCAACGAAAUUGAAAACAUUGUCAUCGGCAUCAACGAGACAUACGCGAAUGGAACCCAUUAUCUUGACGAGUUUGUGUACAUGUUCCAAGACUUCUUGCACAAUAUCACAUACGAGGUUGAGUCGUCUGUGCCAUACACCGACUGUUCGACCACAAACGGCGUCCUCAGCUUAGACCCGUACGUGCUAAGGUUUGAUAACAAGACUCCAGGCUACAUAUAUGGAAACACUGAGCGCUAUAACUAUGAUGCCUCGCAAGCCUUCAACUACAGUACAUAUCCCGUGUCAAGAUUCGUGAAUGAGUUUGGUUUCCAUUCGAUGCCUUCUUUCUAUACCUGGGAGGAAGUUUUAGAAUCUCCGGAAGAUUACUAUUUCAACUCUACUGUCGUCAUGUCCAGGGAUCACCAUCCUCCCGCCGGUAGUCUCGCAUGGCCCAACCCCAAUGCUCCCCAGGGCCAAGGCCAGAUGACAAUGGGCGUCGAGCUCUGGCUCCCGACACCAGGAACUUCCGACUCAAACCAAACAUUUGCCCAGUGGUGCUGGAGCACACAGGUGUUCCAGUCUAUGAACAUGAUCUCCGAGAUCGCAUGGUAUCGACGCGGUGCAGGCCUUGGCGAGAAUAACCUCGGUGCGCUCGUAUGGCAACUGAACGACAUCUGGCAAGGCGUCAGCUGGUCCUCAAUCGAAUACUCUGGACGAUGGAAGGUUCUCAAUUACGGCAUGACGAGUAUCUACACACCUGUCGUCGUCUACCCAUUCUGGACACCAGACAAUCAAACUCUCGAUAUCAUGGUCACCUCUGAUAGGUGGUACACGGUCAACGGCACCGCUCUCUUGACGUGGUACGACUGGUCUGGAAAUGAGCUCAUGGCGAUGACGCAUGAAUUCUCUGUUCCGGAGCUGAACAACACUGUGUUGAUGUCUAUGGAGGGCUUUGACCAGAUUCUACCCGAAGGUGCGACCCCAACGAACUCUUGGAUGCUCCUGAACGUGACUGCUGAGAUCGAGAACCGCACGGUUACGAUGGAGUCAUACUACACUCCUACCUCUCUGGCAUACGCCGAACUCGUCGACCCAGAGAUCAGCGUUGAGACAGGGGACGAUCUCACCUUCACGCUGUCUGCGAAGGGCGGAGUCGCAGCAUACGCAUGGGUCGAUCAUCCCUAUGGCACCGUCGGUUACUUUGUUGAUACCAAGACUAACAAUCCCUCAAACGGAUUCUACCUCAUUCCAGGCAUUGAUCGCACAGUGCAAUUCUUGUUGAACACUGAGCUCUCCGAGGUCACCAGUCCUGAUCCAGCGGACUUCAUGGUCAGAUCGGAUACCUCUCCAGAGGUUAUGCAUACAUAUGAUUCCACUGUUGAUGGAGAUCGACCGUCCGACGAAAAUGGCGAGGGAGGGGUGCAGAACAGUCAGAACUCUUAG